CUGGCGUCACUUCCACUACAGCGAUGGCGGCACAAGGAGCAGCUGCGGCGAUUGCGGCGGCGACUUCAGGGGUCGCGGGGGAGGGCGAGCCCGGGCCCGGCGAGAAUGUGGCGGUCGAGGGGACCUCCCCGUCCCCGGGCCGCGUCUCUCCGCCGACUCCGGCGCGUGGAGAGCCAGAAGUCACCGUGGAGAUCGGAGAAACAUACCUGUGCCGAAGGCCGGAUAGCACCUGGCAUUCUGCUGAAGUGAUCCAGUCUCGAGUGAACGAUCAGGAGGGCCGAGAGGAAUUCUAUGUACACUACGUGGGCUUUAACCGGCGGCUGGACGAAUGGGUAGACAAGAACCGGCUGGCACUGACCAAGACAGUGAAGGAUGCCGUGCAGAAGAACUCAGAGAAGUACCUCAGCGAGCUGGCCGAGCAGCCUGAGCGGAAGAUCACUCGAAACCAAAAGCGCAAGCAUGACGAGAUCAACCACGUGCAGAAGCAACUGUGGCAGAGCUGGAUUGAUCGCGUUGUACAGCUGAAGCUCUUACCAGCCCAAGAACUGGAACCAGGCCUCCUGAUCCUAGCCCUGUUCAUCAGGCAAAAGACCUAUGCAGAGAUGGACCCCACAACAGCAGCCUUGGAGAAGGAACAUGAGGCGAUCACCAAGGUGAAGUACGUGGACAAGAUCCACAUCGGGAACUACGAAAUCGACGCCUGGUACUUCUCCCCGUUCCCUGAAGACUAUGGGAAACAGCCCAAGCUCUGGCUCUGCGAGUACUGCCUCAAGUACAUGAAAUACGAAAAGAGCUACCGCUUCCACUUGGGCCAGUGCCAGUGGCGGCAACCCCCGGGGAAGGAGAUCUAUCGCAAGAGCAACAUCUCUGUGUACGAGGUAGACGGCAAAGACCACAAGAUUUACUGUCAGAACCUGUGUCUGCUGGCCAAGCUUUUCCUGGACCACAAGACAUUGUACUUCGACGUGGAGCCAUUCGUCUUUUACAUUUUGACUGAGGUGGACAGGCAGGGAGCCCACAUCGUCGGCUAUUUCUCGAAGGAAAAGGAGUCACCAGACGGGAACAACGUGGCCUGCAUCCUGACCCUGCCCCCCUACCAGCGCCGUGGCUAUGGAAAGUUCCUCAUUGCUUUCAGUUAUGAGCUGUCCAAGCUGGAGAGCACAGUAGGCUCCCCUGAGAAGCCACUGUCUGACCUGGGCAAGCUCAGCUACCGCAGCUACUGGUCCUGGGUCCUUCUGGAGAUCCUGCGAGACUUCCGGGGCACACUGUCCAUCAAGGACCUUAGCCAGAUGACGAGCAUCACCCAGAAUGACAUCAUCAGCACCCUCCAGUCCCUCAACAUGGUCAAGUACUGGAAGGGCCAACAUGUGAUCUGUGUCACACCCAAGCUGGUGGAGGAACACCUCAAAAGUGCCCAGUAUAAGAAACCACCCAUAACAGUGGACUCUGUCUGCCUCAAGUGGGCACCCCCCAAGCACAAGCAAGUCAAACUCUCCAAGAAGUGAGUGGCCUGUGCCCCUGCUGCUGGACCCGUGCCUCCUUGCACCCCAGCCUGUAAAUAUGUACAGACCUGUUUCAUCAUUUUUUUAAUAAAGUAAGUUCUGCCAGUG